UUAAGUGUAAUAAAUAGCAUCAUAAUCUGUUUCAAUGGAACAGCAAGAUGACUCUAUGACUGAACCGUCGACAGAACCUCAAUACAGAGAGGCUGAUCUAAUCAUUAAAAUUCGGGAACUUAAUCCGCACAUUGUGUGUGCAUUAUGUGCUGGAUAUUUUAUUGAUGCAACAACAAUUACUGAAUGCUCUCAUACUUUUUGCAAGGGUUGCAUUGUCAAACAUUUUCAGACUAAAAAAUCUUGCCCAGAGUGUGGAGAUGAAGUCCAUGAAACACAACCUUUGAACAACCUACGAAGUGAUCGUGUUAUGCAAGAUGUCGUUUAUAAGUUGGUCCCAAACCUUUUUAAAAAUGAACAAGAAGCAGAGGCAACAUUCUACAGAUCAAAAGGAAUCGAUUUCACUUUGAGUGGAAGUCAUUUGUUAAACAUUGGUACCCCUCUAAAAUAUACCCAACAAAAACUUAUUCGUGAUACCAGUAAUGCAGAAGUGCCAUCAAUUGACGUUUAUAAGAUAUCAAACUAUAAUGUUGCACAUACAAUUCAAUAUGAUGAGAAACUCAUUAUUUUUUUGACUAUGCAUCCUGGUAUGUUGUCAGAGGUUUUUAAUAAUGGCAGCAAUUCAUUUUAUAAAGGAAUAUCAUUUACGCCUUUUCUGAAAAAUUAUGUGAGAUGUUCAUCGAGAGUGACUAUUUAUUACUUAAAAAAACUGAUAAGGCUAAAGUUGAAUCCAAUUUUAAAAAUGCAUGAAGAUUUGCAAAUUAACAUUUAUUCUGAGGAGAAAAUCUUACCGGAUAGUGUAAUUAUGAAAAAAAUAUUAUUAGACCAGCUUUCACUGAACAGCCCAUAUAUUGAAUUGUCAUACGAUUUCCAAAUGCUGAAUAGGAUUCAAUAAAUAUUAAACAAAAAAAUCAAAGUACUCCUUCGUUAGAAUAUCAAAAAAUCUCCUUUACUAAAUGAUACUUCUAGAUUUUAUGAAAUCAUCACCUUAACGAAAUUGGUUUUAAGCAGUGGUACCUAUCCUACUUUUAGUUUUAUUUUGUUCAAAUGGAAUGAUGUGUAACUGUUGUAGACUUGGAUCCAAAUAUCAGUUUUGUAUCUUUUAUCAUCCAACCAGAAAAUACCUAGUCCCAUAUCAUUAUUUGGAAUCUGAAUGCAUGUUAAUAUUUGUCAGUCUCUUUUAUUUUUCUACACGAGUUUCGAUGUGCAUUUAGGGCCAAUGCAUCACAUCACCAAUGUUCUAAAUAUGAAGUUGAACCAUCAAUAUUCUAAAACAAAGUACUGACCGAUAUUGACAUAACAUGAAUUUUGAUAUGAUACUAAUUCAUUUAUUACAGUGGUUCUCAACCUGUGGUACGCGGCCAGAUUUACGGUAAAUUAUUGCAACAAUUGACUUUUGAGUUGGCUAAAAUAUGCCGACAACGCUUCUCUUUCAUAUUGUAUGUAUUCGCUGGACGGCCUUUAUGAAUAUUUCACGGGCAUCAAUUUCCUUGUUUAUUUCUGUAUCCAUAACCAAUCAGCAAAAAGUCAACAAUGACUUAACAUUUGCAAUUUCUGCAGCCGCUCAGACACUUCUGUCGCUCAGACAGAUAUUCAAGUAUGGUUGUAAAGUAAACAUUGCCUCGUUUUUAGAGUUUUGCGAGUUAUUUGUUAGUUUUCAGUUAUUUUAAAAAAAUAGUUGUAAAUUAAAUAUCAUUAUGUCUCCAAAGGAGCAUUAAUUUAGUUGCUGUAAUCAAAAAUGAGUCUCGCAAAUGCUGCGAUAGACCAGUCUAAACCAAGCUAUCAGUGCCACAUGGUUGAUUAAUUUAAAUAAAAAUUAGGGCUUCAAACAUGUAAACCACCUUAUAAGCGCCAACACAUCGAAACACUUUCUAAAUUUUUUUGCAAUAGUAAAGUAUAGUAAGAGUUUUUCUGGGGUCAAGGGUUGGAGAAACGUCCUAUUUACCAGUCUAGUCUUUAAGAGAUCGCCCUUGUCUGCUACUGUCCCCGAAUGAAUCAAGAUGGGCAUGUUUCGUCCAUCUUGCGAAUUGAGUCACGAAGGAUGAAGUGCCACAUUAUAGAAUACUCCCAUAGCGUGUGUCAUGUGCCAUUGUUCCCCACGCCAAAAAGGUGCUUUUUUAGUUGUACGCGGCAAAAAACAGUUGAGUGGUACACGGUCAGUAAAAGGUUGAGACCACUGAUUUAUUAGGAAAGAAUAUCCAAAAUAAUGAAUGAUAUGUGUAUACUGAAACCUUUUUAAAAUGUCAUUGUUUGAUGGAUGUUGGGAUAGAUUUUGGUUGUAGGUUGAUCAUUUUUAGAUAAAUAAAUUUACAGAAGUUAUUGUUGUUUUUUCUUAUCUGACAUGUCAUUUUUUUGCUCAAUCAUCUGUUUCUAUACCAUAAAUUGCAAUUGCCACUAUUAAGUUUUCAAAACUCACAUAUUUGGGAAAUUUCAUUGAAGUCAGGCAUUUUGAUGUUUAAAUUGUGCUUCAUGAAAAUCAUAUAAGGUAGUUUUAUGAUUCCAGAUGGCUUAUCUGUAACAGGGAUAUGGGGUCAAAGAAUAGUUCAUACGACUACAAUAGAAAUUGACUACAGCUGUAGAUUUAAGGGUGAAAACUAUGUAACCCCAACUACUAUUUUCCCACCUUUAUAAGUUUGGCUUGAAAAUUCCAAUUUUGAUUCGUUGGAGGUUAGGUUUCAAUUCCCAACUUUAUGUAAUAUAAAGGGCUCCAAUAUGAGGAGAUUUGGCCAAUCCCUCAAAGCAUUGGUUAUCAGAAAACUCAUAGGAUUUUAUAUCAACUAGCUUAAAAAUAGGAAAGCCCUCAACUUCAAGCUGGUAUAUUAACAAUCCAAAAUAGAUUUAUGAACUUUAAAUUCAUCAAGACUUAUAAGCAGUUUAACUAUGAACUACAUUUCAUGUUUUGUUUUCUCAUUAUUUUUUACACCAGA